AUGGGGCCGUUCAGCGACACAGCCCAGGAUGUCUCAGCCCAGCUGGUGAACAGCACCUGGGCCCACAGCUCUGCGCUCAGCUUCAUGCCCAGCCUGGGGGACCACGGCAAAGAGCUCGUCUGCACCGUCACCUACAGACCACCACGGGCACCUUCCACUAGCGAAACCAUCUGGCUCCAUGUCGGCUACAGCCCCUGGCUGGGGACUGGGCUGAACUCAUCCUGCCAGCGCCAGGGGCCCAGCGUCAGCUGCAGCUGCUCCCUGUGCUCCCAGCCCCCGCCCCAGCUCCAGUGGCAGGUGGACGGGGAGCCCCUGUCUGGGAACAGCUUGCGGGGGGCCCUGCAGGUCAGCUCCUGGGCCUAGGGGGACGAGGCUGUCAGCACCCUGAGCUGGACAGGGAAUGGAGACGG